GUUCGGCUCGACCUUUCUGGAAUCUACUAGACUUUUCUCAACUCUCGAGCAUCUCUACAAAGUACUACUGCUAAUUCCUUCCUCCGAGUCUCCUCCACCUUUUCCCUUCUUGCUCUCCUGAGCUUCUCUCUGCUACUCCCUCUCUCUCUCUCUGCAGAAACCCCACAUACAAACACGUAUUUUCUAACCAAAAAAGGGCCAAAAUAAACAGCGCAAGCACAAUUCAAUCGAAAAUAAUGUUUGGAGUAGUGUUCCCCAAUCGUAGUUUCCCAAUGGACAUCUCCACCUUCACCCAAAUCGACACCUUCCAUUGGGUCCUCGACAUGAACACCUUCGUCGGGGAGGCGUACGAUUCAAUCCGCGAAGUCUGCAUCUUCCUCCUCAACAACUUCACUCUACCGCCAGACAAAGCCCUAGCGGUCUACAUCCAAGCCCCAGGCUCGCCUUUCCUCUUCUGCGGCGCCGUAACGCUCUCUCGCCCCUCCGCUGUCCUCUCUCUCCCGUGGCCGGACCCCGGCGGCCAAAUGCAACUUACCGCCGACGCUGCCCCGCUCUCCGCCAAAAUCGGUGUCUCCGUCGAGGACCUGGCGUCGCUGCCCUCCUUGGACGUCACGGCGGAGAAGAAAAUUGAGAGAUUGGCAUUGAAGGUUGGGGAGAAUUUGUUUAAUUUCAUGCAGUCGUUUUGUGGAGUGGAUGGGAGUAAGUUGGUUGUGCCAAUGGAUAUAUUGGAUAGGUGGUUUAAGAAGUUUCAGGAACGGGCCAAGCGUGAUCCUGAGUAUUUGAAGGGUUUCGCAUUGUAGCUUUCAAGAGGUAGAUAUAUAUGAUUAUGUGUAUUGACUAAAAUUGUGAUGAAAAGUUUUUGAAUUUAGUUGAUUUUGUUUGCUUAAUUAUGUGUUUCAGUGAGAAAAAUUAAACUUUUUUCUUUCACUCUAAUUUUGAUACAAUUUAAUUUUGUUGUUACUUGCAAUUUGUGUUUGCUGUGGGGUUUACUCUGGAAAUGAGAUGUAUAUUGACAUUUGGAGGAUGUGUUACCCUAUGUAUCUGGGCAAUUGCUGAAAUUUUAUCUUUGCUGACUUUUAAUUCUAAUGGAGAGGGUAGGUAAAGAAUUUGUGGCGUUGUUACCAAACGAUUCAUUUAAUGUCUACUUUUCUCAAUGCUCAC